CAUCCCAGCCAUGUGGUUGUUUAUAGGGAGUUUUUUAUAGCUCAUAUUCCUUCCUCCUUCCUCCCUUUUUUUCCCUUUCUUUUAAUGAACACUUAUUAAGUACUCUUUCCUAGUGCUGGCAUACAGCAGUGAGCAAGAUAGCCAGUGUUCCUACUUUCAUGGUGGCUUAAAUUCUAGCCCAAAGAUAGAGGACAAACAAGUAGUCAAGUAAAUAAACACAGUAAUUACAUCUGUUCCAUGAGGGCAAUACAUAAGGUGAUGAGUAGAAAGUAGCUGGGCAAGACCACUUUGGCUAGGUGGUCAGGGAGGGGCUCUCUGAGGAAGUGACACAUGAUCUGAGGUCUGAUGUGUGUAAGUCAGCCAGCUGCUAAGAAACAGAGGAAGAGGAUUCUAGCAGAGGAAAUGGAAAGUGCAGAGUCUCAGAGCAGCAAAAGAUAUGUCUUAUUCAAGGAACAGUCUGAAAGCCAGUGCAAAUGGAGCAGAGUAAGCAAGGCAGAAAAAGUAGAGCAAAUGAUGGUGGCAAGACAGGAGAAGUGAGGCCAUGCAGUGCCUGAGAGAUCAUGUGCGGUAAGGAUUUUGGAUCUAACAACAAUGGACAUAUUGAAGAACUUUAAAUAGUGAUGGUAUGAAACAGGAAAAUACAGAGGUAUAUUCCAGAGUUGACUGUUCAUGGCACAUACAGUUGGAGGAUGCUCAUUGGCACUUAUUUUUAUCAUUGUGUUACUGUUGGUUAAAGCAAAUAUAGAUGCAUGCAAGAGAGGAGAUGUGACUGUGGAGCCUUCUCAUGUAAUUUCACUUGGAUCAGCUGUCAAUAUUUCAUGCUCUUUGAAGCCCGAACAAGGCUGCUCACAAUAUCCCAGUUUUAACAUGUUAAUCCUCUACAAAUUUAACAGAAGAAUCAAUUUUCUGCAUGGUCACUUCCUCAGUUCUCAAGUCACAGGUCUUCCUCUGGGCACAACAGUGUUUCUCUGCAAAUUGGCCUGUAGCAAAAACAAGGAAUUACGAAUAUGUGGGGCAGAGAUCUCAGUUGGUGUUGUUCCAGAACAACCUCAAAACUUAUCUUGUAUACAGAAGGGAGCACAUGGGACUGUGACCUGCAUCUGGGACAGAGGACGAGACACCCAUCUAUAUACUGCAUAUACUUUACAGUUAAAUGGACCAAAAAAUUUAACUUGGUGGAAGCAAUGUAAUGAUCAUUAUUGUGACCAUUUGGACCUUGGAGUCAACCUAACACCUGAAUUGCCUGAAUCCAGCUACACAGCCCAGGUUACUGCUAUCAAUAGCCUUGGAAGUGCUUCUUCACUCCCAUCCACAUUUACCUUCUUGGAUAUAGUGAGGCCUCUCCCUCCAUGGGACAUCAGAAUCAAAUGUGUAAAUGCUUCUGUGAACAAAUGUAUCCUUCAGUGGAGAGAUGAGGGGCUGGUGCUGCUUAAUCGACUCAGAUAUCGCCCCAACAGCAGCAAGUCCUGGAAAAUGGUCCAUGCUACAAAUGCCAAAGGAAGAUAUGAUUUACUGGAUCUGAAACCAUUUACAGAGUAUGAAUUUCAGAUUUCCUCUAAGCUACACCUACAUAAAGGUAUUUGGAGUGAUUGGAGUGAAUCGUUGAGAACACAAACACCAGAAGAAGAACCUACAGGUACAUUAGAUGUCUGGUACAUGAAAAAGCACAUUGAUUACAGUAGACAACAGAUUUCUCUUUUCUGGAAGAAUAUGAGUAUGUCCGAGGCAAGAGGAAAAAUCCUCCACUAUCGAGUGACCUUGCAGGAGGUGGCAAUGGUGAAAGUCACACUACAGAACAUCACAGAACACACCUCCUGGACCUGGGUCAUUCCCAGAACUGGGAAUUGGGUUGUGACUGUGUCUGCAGCUAACUCAAAAGGCAGUACCCUGCCUACUUAUCUUAACAUAACGGACCUGUGUGGGGCAGGGUUGCUGGCUCCUCGCCAGGUCUCUGCAAACUCGAAGGGUGUGGACGACAUUAUGGUGACGUGGGAGCAUCCCGGGAAAGCUGCUCCUGCUGUCCAGGAGUAUGUGGUGGAAUGGAGGGAGCUCCAUCCCAGGGGUGACAUGCCCCCUCUAAACUGGCUGCGGAGUACCCCCUACAACAUGUCUGCUCUGAUUUCAGAGAACAUAAAACCCUACAGUUGUUAUGAAAUCAAUGUGUAUGCACUGUCAGGGGACCAGAGAGGAUGUAGCUCCACCUGGGGUAACUCUAAGCACAAAGCACCACGGAGGGGCCCCUACAUUAAUGCCAUCUCAGAGGAAAAGGGGAGCGUGUUAAUUUCAUGGAACGAAAUUCCAGCCCAAGAACAAAUGGGCUGCAUCCUCCAUUACAGGAUAUAUUGGAAGGAACAGGACUCCAAUUCCCAGCCUCAACUUUGUGAAAUUCCCUAUAGAGUAUCACCAAAUUCACAUUCAAUAGACAACCUGCAGCCCAGAGUGACAUAUGUCCUGUGGAUGACAGCUCUGACAGCUGCUGGUGAAAGCCCCCCAGGAAACAAGAGGGAAUUUUGUCUGCCAGGUAAAGCCAAUUGGAGUGUGUUUCUGGCACCAAGCAUUUGCGUUGCUGUCGUCAUAGUGGGCAUUUUCUCAAUGCGUUUCUUCCGGCAAAAGGUAUUUGUUCUUCUUUCGGCCCUCAGACCUCAGUGGUGUAGUAAAGAAAUUCCAGACCCAGCGAACAGCACUUGGGCCAAGAAAUACCCCAUCAUGGAGAAGACACAGCUACCCUCGGACAGGCUCCUGACAGACUGGUCCAAUCCUGAAGAACCUGAACUCCUGGUCAUCAAUGAAGUCCUUCAAGUGACCCCAGUCUUCAGACAUCCCCAUCACCCCAACUGGCCAGACAAGGGACGAGGAGUCCAAGGUCACUAUACCUCUGAGGAAGACGCAGCAUAUAGUGCCCCAAGCCUACCACCUCCAAAAGCUCUCAUAGCAGAGACAGGACAACUAGUGGAUCUGUACAAGAUGCUGGGGAGCAGGGGUCCUGACUCAAAGCCAGAACACCUAACCAGCCCCUUGACAGUCCUCUCAGUGGACUACCUUCCCACUCAUGAGGGAUACUUACCCUCUAACAUAGAGUAUCUCCCUUCACAUGAGGAUCCUAUAACUGACUCUCUGGAAGAACUGGAGCCUCAGCACAUCUGUCUUUCUGUUUUCCCUUCAAGUUCCCUUCACCCACUCACCUUCUCCUGUGACAAGAAGCUGACUCUGGAUCGGUUAAAGAUGGGGUGCAGCUCCCUCAUGCUCUGAGUGGUGAAGCCCGCAGUGUGUCCCACCUCCCCAGUCAUCACCUCUGGAUGCUGCCAUCAGGCAUGUUUGCAACUAGAGGGCAGAUAGGCAGCUCGGGGUGAAUCUUGGGGACUGAGAAUUGACUGUAGCCCAGAUACCUCAACUUGCCUUCUCCAGAGCCUUAGGAUCAUAGUUAACCUUUGAACAAUGUGAGGGUUAGGGGCACAGGCUUAAAUCAGCAUAUCUUUUUGACUCCUCAAAAAUUAACUACUGUUGGCCUUUUGACCACUCUUACUGAUGACAUAUUUUGUAUAUGUAUUAUAUACUGUAUUCAUACAACAAAGCUAGAGAAAAUGUUAAAAUCAUAAGGAAAGUAUAGUACUCUAUUAUAUUCACUGAAGAAAAUCCACCUAAAUAGACCCGCACAGUUCAAAUCUAUGUUGUUCAAGGGUCACCUGUACACCAUGUGCGUCUACAAUCUGAGUUCCUACAACUUUCUUGGCUAUGUUGGCCAGUAAGGGGAAAGGAUAAAGUAGAAACCAAGGUUCUUACUAGCAAUCACUAACAGUCCAGGGGACAGUUUCAUGUACAACUAUUCAUAAAGUAGCUCUAUAACAGGUCAUAUAACUCGGUCAGUAGCACCCAACAGGACUAAGAUAGAAAUGUUUUCUAUAGUUCUUCACUGUUCAAUGCAGUAGAUAUGAACCACAUUGGCUACUGACCUCUUUGUAAUGUGUGUAGUAGUAUGACUGAGGAAUUGGAUUUUGAUUGUAAUUAGUCACACUUGGCUAGUGGCUACUGUAUUGGAGAACACAGAUCUAAAUGACUAUAAAGAAUAUGAAUUUUCAAAACAUCAACCCAAUUUUACAGAUGGACAUAAAAAACACUGGUGAACACCAAUAUAAAAGGCCUCCCACAAUAGCCAGGACUUCUUCAAAUGCCUACACAAAUGUACCUUUUUCCUAUUUUAUUUUGUCUUCACCCUAUUUCAGUGAAUCAAGAGUAGCUUGAUGGUGGAGAGUUAACCAUAAAGCCGCUGUAAAGAACCUGGGCCAACAGCUUCCCUUCUCUGAAAUCCCGUGUCUUGGAAAGUAGUGGCCCAAAGGCUGACACCUUGUUUCCUCUUCCUUCUGCUGCAGCAGCUGUUGCCUUCAGAAUCAGGGCUGUCUCAGGGUCUAAGACCCAAACCACCAAGGUUACUUAAACUCAUGUCAUCCCCUUCUCUCCAAGGCAUCCUGUUUUCCUUCCUCAGGAAGACUGAGCUGGUCCUCAGACAGCUGAAGUUGAGCCUAGAAGAUACUUCUUUUUCCCAGCAUGAACUUGGAACAUGAUACAUGUUUUACUCAUUUAAAGCUGUGGCCCCUUCCCCUAUCCCAUCACUGCCUCUAUCCCUUCACUACAGGCCCUUCUGCAAAGAUGGUAGGGAAGUCUUUUAAAAUGCUAAUAGUACCCUUCCCAAAAUAACAAGAUGAAAGUCCAAGAACCUUUUUCUUCAAUCCCUGUUAAGCCCCGGACCUUGACCCCAACCCAAACACUGGCACCAAGACAGCAGUGGUUUACCAGAUGUCCCUCAGAGCGCUAGAAAUUGAACUCCUGAAUAUUUGCUUAUUCAUGUUUAUCUAGGCUUCCUGCCAUUCCAGAUAUAAUACAGUUUCCUCAGGCUUUCUUUGAAAAGCAGAUCCUUCUUUCCAUCUCUAUUCUAUUUAGGUGUUGAGGAGCACCCUUGCACAUCGUUCCUUGCAUCUCAGCAGUUUCAGAGUUGGUUUGUCUAUACCCACGAUGUGGUCCCUGUUGUUUACAAUGAGUCAUACAACAAGGCCACCCCCUCAGAAGCUGGUUAACCUAUCACCUCUUGACAAUGGGAGGCAACUUCUUUUAUAAUUCCUGCUUUACCUAUCUCUGAUUUUCUGAUUGCCUGGUACCCAUUCUUAGUCAUUCAUCCCCUCCCCGCUUGGACCCAACACCCAGGUCCCAUCUCAUUACCCCCUAGGCACUUUUCCUUUCCCAAGAGGAUAUUGCAUUUGUUUUCCUAAAAAAUACAAAAAAAAAAAAAAAUUAAAAGAGAAUUCC